UCGACCAUCAUCACACCUCCUUUCCACUCUCAUCUCCUAAUCAAUCUUCUCCAAAAUGACAACUACUGAUAUAGAAAGCCUGUGGGUUUUUGCCCUUGCAACAAAAUGCAAGUACUUAACCUCUGUGAAUUCUCUGUGUUUUGCAUUUCUUGUGUUUAUGGUUUGGGUGGCUAUGAGCUUAAUUUAUUGGGCUUAUCCUGGGGGCCCGGCUUGGGGCCGUUAUAAAUGGAGGAGCUGUCCGAUUAAGGCUGGGACGCCCAUACCGGGCCCGUCUGGGCUGCCCGUAAUCGGAAGUAUGAAUCUCAUGGUCGGUUUAGCGCACCAUAAACUUGCCGCCAUGGCUCAGGCUUGUGGCGCUAAGCGGCUCAUGGCGUUUAGCCUCGGCGAGACUCGGGCGGUUGUGACUUGUAGCCAUGACGUGGCGAGGGAGAUUCUUAAUAGUUCCGCCUUUGCCGACCGGCCGGUUAAGGAAUCGGCUUACAGGUUGAUGUUUAGCCGAGCUAUCGGGUUCGCUCCUUAUGGGGCCUACUGGCGAACUCUGAGGAAAAUCUCCGCCGUCCAUUUGUUCUGCCCCAAGCAAAUCAAAUCCGCUGAAUCCCAGCGGUUCGAAAUCGCCGCCCAAAUGAUCGCCAAAUUCUCCGCCGCCAAAGGCCGCAGCAUCAAAAUCCGCGAUGCCACCAAACGCGCCUCCCUCAACAACAUGAUGUGCUCCGUCUUCGGCCGGAAGUACAACCUUAACGACACCUCAGCCUCCGCCGAGACGGCGGAGCUUAGGAUGUUGGUCGAUGAAGGGUACGAUCUUUUGGGCAUGCUCAACUGGUCCGACCAUCUUCCUUGGCUCGUCGAUUUCGAUCCUCAAAAAAUCCGACUCAGGUGCUCUAACCUCGUACCCAAAGUGAACCGGUUUGUCGGCCGGAUUAUCAACGACCACCGCGCCACGCGCCAAUCCGCCGAUGCCCCUAACGACUUCGUGGAUGUGCUCCUCUCCCUCUCUGGCUCAGAAAAAUUAUCAGAAUCGGACAUGAUAGCCGUUCUUUGGGAGAUGAUAUUUAGAGGGACAGACACGGUGGCGGUUUUGAUAGAGUGGAUCAUGGCAAGGAUGGUGCUCCACCCUGAUGUUCAAUCUGAAAUUCAGGGGGAGGUGGACCGGAUUGUGGGGCGGGAACGAGCGGUGACAGAGUCCGACGUGGCGGAGAUGGUGUAUUUGCCGGCGGUGAUCAAGGAGGUUUUGAGGUUGCACCCGCCGGGGCCAUUGCUGUCUUGGGCCCGUCUGGCAAUAACGGACACGGUGGUUGGCGGGUAUCAUGUGCCGGCAGGGACCACAGCCAUGGUGAACAUGUGGGCCAUCACGCGGGACCCACAGGUUUGGGAAGACCCUCUGGAGUUCAACCCUCGAAGGUUCCUCGGCGUGCCGGCGCAGGACCACUUCUCGGUUCUAGGCUCGGACAUGAGGCUAGCACCGUUCGGGUCAGGUCGUAGGGCCUGCCCCGGGAAGAAUUUGGGACUCACUACCGUCACCUUUUGGGUGGCAGCGCUGCUGCAAGAGUUUGUGUUUGAGGCAGCGGCCGACGUUGACUUGUCAGAGGUCCUCAGGCUGUCUUGUGAGAUGGUCAAUCCUCUCACGGUCAAGCUCCGUUCCAGAAGAAACUCUGUAAUUAUUAAUUAAGGUGUGAAAGUGUAACUAAAAAUGCAAGGGUGGGUGAAAUCUAUAUUUAAAAAAAACCAACAAAACAAAAACAAAAAUACCACCAUCCAUCCCUAUAUAAAAAAUGUGUACUCUACUGUACUCUAGUCUAGCGGUAUGUGACGUUUUAGCUUUGAUUGUUACUCUUUUCUAUUCUGGAUUUCCUUCUUUAUCCUUUAAUUUUAUUUUAGACUUCUUUCUUUUUCUCUUUUAUUUGACUUAUUAUAUGUACAAAAUAUGCUUAUUAUGUUUAGUUUUUA